AUGUUUCAACUAACUACGAUGCUUUUCUUGUUUUUGCUGAUGUUGUUCUUCCCCAAGAACAUAGUAGGCCAAGGUGGAGAGUUCAACUUCAGUGGAAUACUAUAUGCUGCAGGACUAACCGAUAUGGACGAUGGCCUGUCCAGGCUUUCAAGUUCUAGGACAGAAACAACUGGUCAAGUCUUCUACAAUUCAUCAUUUCGAUUCAAGGGCUCUCCAAAUGGUAUUUUCUACUCUUUUUCCACCACAUUCGUUUUCGCUAUACGCGGAAAGAAUAGAGUUAACAAAGGCCAUGGACUGGCCUUUGUCCUUUCUCCUACUAGAGAUUUUUCCAACGCUGAUGCCGACGAAUAUCUAGGAAUUUUCAACACAAGAACCAACGGAGCUCCCAAAAGUCAUAUUGUAGCUGUUGAGCUCGAUACAGCACAAAGCCCUGAGUUCCAAGACAUAGAUGAUAAUCAUGUUGGUGUAGACAUAAAUAGCUUGAAGUCAGAUAAAUCUGCUUCAGCAGGUUAUUUCAAAGAUGAUGGUACUUUCAGGAAACUCUCUCUUACCAGUGGAGAUUCUAUGCAGUUAUGGGUGGAAUAUGAUAGUAAACAGAAACGGCUUAAUGUUACACUUCAUCCAGUUCGUGUCCUUAAACCAAUGGUUCCCCUUCUUUCUCUACAGAGAGAUCUUUCUCCCUAUUUUCUUGAAUAUAUGUAUGUUGGGUUCACCUCGUCCACAGGAUUAACUGCAGAUCACUUUAUAUUGGGUUGGACGUUCAAGAUUAAUGGUACGGCUCAAGAUAUAGACCACUCUCGCCUUCCAAAACCUUUUCUCGAUCAUAAAUGGUACCAACCUCCAAAGGGUUUGAUAUUUGAACUUUUGAAGUUAUCUGCCGUCUGCAUACCCAUCAUGGCAAGUAUCUGCUUAUGGGAUAUCUUUAAGAGGAAGAAGCUAUACGAAGUACAUGAGGAAUGGGAGGUGCAGUAUGGUCCUUAUAAGUUUGAUUACAAAGAUCUACACACUGCCACAAAGGGUUUCAAGGAUAGUGAGCUUCUUGGUAAAGGAGGUUUUGGGAAAGUCUACAAGGGUACGUUUGGGUAUAUCUCACCUGAGCUCGCAAGAACUGGAAAUGCAAGUACAAGCUCUGACGUAUUUGCUCUAGGAGUGGUCAUGCUAGAGAUUGCUUGUGGAAGAAAACCUAUAUUGUCACGAGCAUCACAUAGCGAGGUGGUACUUACUGACUGGGUGCUAGAGUGUUGGGAGAAUGGAGAUAUAAUGCAAGUUCUUGAUCAGAAGAUUGGGCAGGACUAUCCUGAGGAGCAAGUGGAACUUGUUCUUAAACUUGGCUUACUCUGUUCGCAUCCAGUAGCAGCCUUCAGACCAAACAUGUCCAGCGUCAUUCAAUACUUGGACAAUGUGGUUCAGCUUCCUCAUGACUUACUUGACAUUGUAAAUGCUCGAGAAGUUCAUGGAGGUGAAUUAGCUCUUUCUCCUGAGUCCUGUUCUGGCGCAUCCUUGACCUUCACUGAAUCUUUCCUCUCUCAUGGUCGCUAA